AUGUACACAGGCGUCAACUUGCCUCCGACUCGAGGCCUGCCUGCGUACGCGAUCUUUCACCCGGAGAAUGGUGGCUCUCUACACUCUCAAUUCCUUGGAUCUGGAAUCCAAGGUACAGCAACUCUGGUACGUUCCCGUGCCACUUGCCAGCUUAUGGCUCGAAAACGGACCUGUCCUCAGCAUCUCAACAACAAGCCAUUCGCGGAUUUGGACAACGCCAUCAACCAUCCCAAUGUGGUGCGCCUUCUUGGAAGCGAGCGAUACCACCGCGAGAAGGUGAACGGAACGAACGGCUCAGCUGUGUCUCUGUGGGAAUUCGCGAACUGUAAGGAUUUGAAGCACUUGAUCAUGAACUACCGCAAAUCUGGUGAGAGAGUCCCUGAGCUCCUGAUCUGGCAGUUCCUGAAACAAAUGUUCGGUGCUUAUGAUGCUUUGCAUAGACGACAGAUUGCCCACAUGGACGGCCAUUGGAGUAACGUCUUUGUCAACUUUGACCCCCUGAAGAGCCUACCAGAGUUCAUUCUCGGUGAUUUAGGACUUAGCGAACCUUUCAAGCAAGGUUUCCAAAGGAUCUAUGCAUCUGAAGAAGGAGCUCCCGGCAUCGUCGACGACGAUUACAACAGCGUGCCCACCCUGCAGAACCUCCAUGAUUACGACGAAGACAACGACCAGAACGUGCUUGACUUCUUCAUCGGGGAGUCUCUGCCCCAGGUGGGUGAAGACAUGGCAAGACUUUCCGGCGCUUUGAACUGCAUGAUGCACGACGACGACAGCCUCGACUUUGCAUUCUACAGCCCAUCACUGAACAAGGUUGCGACCAUGAUGAUGAAUAUGAAGUCCUUCCUCUGGACCCGCCAUGUCAAGACGCAGAAGAACGCUCAGAUUCUGAUUAGCAUGCUGCGUCAGAUCAUUGAGCACCACUUUGCAGACUGUGUCAGUCAAGUGACGUUUCCAGUGCCUGGAAUUGAGCUGAGCAGACCUCAGGGUCCCACGCCUCAGCCAAUGCUGUUUGCCAGCCCCGAGGCUCUCCUUGCUGCCGACUACUUCCCACCCGGCCCAUGGUAUGUUGCACAGGUUGAUCCAUACGACUGCCAGGUCCUCAACGUGGACUACUCAGUGGUCUACGGUUCCGACGCGUGGUACUGUUUCGAUGCUCAAGGCAGCGAGGUGACUUUCGCCCCAGAGUUUGACGACGACGACGACAACACGUCCGACUCGCUUUGGUAA